AUGAUGAUCGGUGUGGCAUUCUUCUGGGCUUUCUCAGGCAUGACAUCAGCAGUGCCCAUCUCCUCAGCUCACAGUUGGGUCAAUGCUACUAUCAACCAGACUGUUCAGUUACCCUUCUCCCUUCAGCCUCCCAGUCCUUCAUGGGAAUUCCUCCACAUCACAUGGGAUUUUAUCGCCGGCAACAGAAAUGUCCCUGUCCUUGCAUACAUUGUAGACAAUUGCAGUGGAACAGCCCUCAAAUGGUGGGGGAAAGAAUGUCGUACUAACAAACUGGUCGCUGAGAUGUAUCAGCAGCGGGCAGACGUUCUCAAGAAUGGCACACUAGUGCUUCAUCGCGUGGGGCUUCACGAUGCGGGGGUGUACCUCGCGACAAUUAAAUCCACGGAUUUGAGACUGCAUGCGACAGUAAAUCUCACCGUGACUGAAGGCAUGACAUCAACAGUGCACACCCCCACAGCUCACACUUUGGUCAAUGCUACUAUCAACCAGACUGAAGUUUCCACCUCCACAUCUACUGUAGGAGCAGAAUCAUUAACCCAGGAAAAACUCAGAUGCAAACAUAAAGGAGCCGGAUCAUUAACCCAGAAAAAACUCAGCAUUGAGAAUAUGGUUCGGAUGGUUUUGGGUGGCCUCCUCCUGUGUUUCCUUGGGCUCUUGAUAGUAGGUCAUUUUUGCACAGUGGAUGGAAGCAUCACUCAGGGAAGGAAGACAGUGGGCCAUCCUGGGAAAUCCAUCAUUGACUGGAUCUGAUAUGCCAUGAAUGAUCCACCUGCUCAUUUCACGAAUCAAGGAGAGC